AUGCCGAAGGGUGCGUCCGCCGCACGUCCAUCCCGGUUGACCUCGAGCCCGCCCGCGAUCGCAGGUUGCCAAUACAACGUCCAGCGUCCCAUACUGACUCUUCCCAUCCGUUCCCGACCCAUUCGCUCAACAGCCAAAGCACCGCUUCCGGCGGUAAUCGACGGCGCGCCGACCGGCGGCGGCGGCGGAGGAGCGCGCAAGCGCAAGGGAAAGGCGGCCGCGGACGGCCUGGCCGAGAAGAUGGCGUCCGCGGCGGCGAUGGGCGGCGACGACGUCGACAUGGAUGAGGGCGCGGGCGGCAAGACGCUGGGCGAGCGCCUCCGCGCCAUCGAGCAGACCGCCGCCGAUCUCCCCGUCGACGCGCGGGCCCCCGCGGAAAAGCAGAAGCUCACCGCGACGGACCGCGCGGUGCUCGACGCGCUCGGAGGUAAGGGCGCGCCCCCCAAGGCGGACUCGCUGGCCACUCUCCUCUCGCAGGCGCUCGUCGCCGAGGACAGGGCGCUGGUGGAGCGGUGCCUGAACGUGAGCGACGCGCAGACGGUAGCCAACACGGUGGCGAGGCUUCAGCCGCACGUCGCCGUGCGAUUGCUCGCCGCCGCGCUCGAUCGCAUGAGGACCAAGCCGAGCCGCGGGGAGCAGCUCGCGCGGUGGAUGCGAACGGUGAUGCUGCACCACUCGGGUUUCAUCACCACCAGCGCCAAGGCGCAGCAGGCGGUGAUGGAGCUUCAGCAGACGGUUGAGGCGCACGUCGCCAUGCAGCGGCCCCUCCUGUCGCUGUUGGGUCGCCUGGACCUGCUCCUGCACAAGCAGCAGCAGGUGCCGGACGGCGAGGACGGUGACGGGGACGGCGGUGAAGGCCCUCUGACGGUGUACACCGAGGGUGAGGACGACGUCAACGUGCUCAACGAGGUCGUGGGCAACGAGGAGAGCGACGACGAGUGGGAGACGGAUGACGAGGCAAACGACGAUGAGGACGACCUCGACGGGUUCGACGACGACGACGACGACGACGACGACGACGACGACGACGACGACGACGGGGAGGAUAUGGAGGAUGAUUUCGACGGCGAAGAUGAAGAGGAUGAGUGA